ACACUUGAAUGGCUGAGUCGGAGACGGGAGCGGCUUCUCCCGCUCCGCCUCCCGUCUCUAUAACAACCACCACCAAGCGGAGCCCGACUUCACCUAACCGCAUCACCGCCUGAAGCCGCCCGGGGAGGAGGAGGUGUUUCCCGGUCACUGAGAGCUGGACGGAGGCGAGGCUCGCGCUCCCGAGCCGCUACGUCAAACAGAUUAGUGCAGGACUUGCCUCCUCCUCCUGCUGCUGCUCCUCUGGUGCCAGCAUACAUGGGCUGAAGACCUCCGGGUCUCCGCUGGCAGGAAGACACCAAGUGCUCGACUUUGCCUCCAAAUCAUCUAUUUGUCGGAGACGGCGGCGGCGAGCUCGGCGAGCAGAGAAAUGGCGAAAGAAAACGGCGAGUCCACGCACGGCUCUUGGAAGAAGCACGUCGAUGAUAUCAAGACUAUCUUUGACUUCAAGGAAGUCCUCGGGACCGGGGCAUUUUCCGAGGUGGUGAUGGCUCGAGAGAAGGCCUCCGGGAAGAUGGUUGCUAUCAAGUGCAUCCCCAAAAAAGCUCUCAAGGGAAAGGAGACCAGCAUUGAAAAUGAAAUCGCUGUGCUCAGGAAGAUAAAGCAUGAGAACAUUGUGGCUCUGGAGGACAUCUAUGAGAGCUCCAACCACCUGUACCUCAUCAUGCAACUGGUCUCAGGAGGAGAACUGUUCGACCGGAUUGUAGAAAAAGGUUUCUACACCGAGAUGGAUGCCAGUCGCCUCAUUCGACAGGUGUUGGAUGCAGUCAACUACCUCCACUCCAUGGGCAUCGUGCACAGAGACCUGAAGCCGGAGAACCUUCUCUACUUCAGUCCCCAUGAUGACUCCAAGAUCAUGAUCAGUGACUUUGGGCUCUCCAAGAUGGAGGGCACUGGUGACGUCAUGGCGACAGCUUGCGGGACUCCAGGAUACGUGGCCCCAGAGGUGUUGGCUCAGAAACCCUACAGUAAAGCUGUGGACUGCUGGUCGAUUGGGGUCAUCGCUUAUAUUCUGCUCUGUGGUUACCCCCCUUUCUACGACGAGAACGACUCCAAGCUGUUUGAGCAGAUCCUCAAGGCCGACUACGAGUUCGACGCGCCCUAUUGGGAUGACAUAUCUGACUCUGCCAAAGACUUCAUCAGCAACCUCAUGGAGAAAGACCCUGAGAAGCGCUUCACCUGUGACCAGGCUCUGGAGCACCCCUGGAUUGCUGGCGACACUGCUCUCUGCAAGAACAUCCACGAGUCAGUCAGCCGACAGAUGCGGAAGAACUUUGCUAAAAGCAAAUGGAGGCAAGCCUUUAAUGCCACAGCUGUGAUCCGUCACAUGAGGCGCCUGCAGCUGGGAACCAGCUUUAACAGCAGCAUCCACAGUGCCAGCGCCGACACCAACCCCGGGAGUCGAGGCCCGUCCAAGAGCCAGUCGGUGGACUGCGCCCCGCUUUCCCUGAAGGACUGUCCUACAAUCACCCCGCUGCCGUCUGUGGUUAAACCCUACAAUCAGGAUGCUAAGGGCGCCCCCCCUGUACCGGAGGAAACAUCUGUCCUCUCGGAGGCGCCAAGGCCGCGACCCUCCACGGUCACCGUCAUCCACACUGGGACUAAAUGACGCCAAGUUCCGCGGGAGGUGAGCUGGGAGACCACGGAGCUGUGAGUCGGCCUCGUGUUUUAAAGGUCAUUGCCCAGUUUGCCAUCCCGCACUCUCCCGCCUAGCUCUGCCAGGCUGCGGAGGAAUUUGAGGAGCUCCAUUUUCAGAAAGCUUCUGACUGCGUAACCCUUUCAACUGUCACUCAGAUGGCGAGGUAAGGACAAGCUCUGAGAGUGGGAGCGGUGUUCAGACUGGAUCUGCUGCCUGGCACAGGAACACUGUGCCACUGUGGGGGGGACUCCCACACCUGGGAAAGUGCUAUUGAACGCUCUGCUGGAAUGCCUUGUUAGGAUGAGGUGGAGCCCAUCAUCUGUAGUGAAUACUUGUCACAUUACCUGCGCUCUCCUUCCACAGCUUUCCUGUUAUGUUUCUGUGGUCUCUGCUGCAAACGGCCGCCAGGGUCGCUCCUCGCUACAGUUGGACUCUUAACGUCUAUCCUUGCUUUAAAGUGUGCAGUCUUGGACUGAGCCGACCCGAUAGCGUUCUCCACUGAGAGGGCAGCAGCGCUGCGCUAAUGGAUUGAUUUAUUUUCCUAAAACGUGUUUCGGCUUUUCCAGAAAGAGAGCUGCAUUAGACAAGACUGAAGAUAGGGUUGAUCUGUUGUACCUUUGUAACCAAGUACUGUGAAGUCCCCCUUGACCACAAGAGGGCGACCAUGUGUUGCUGCUUUUGUGAGAAGUUCUCAGGGAUGUUCUCCAACAUGACGCUGACCAAACCUCUUAACACUGCUCAUCAACGUGCCAUUAGUUUCCACACAUGAAGGACAUGAGGUGUAACAUAUUCACCUUAAAACCAUGUUUGAUUCAAUGGCGCAUGCAAAAAUGGUUUUCAAUGGAAGCUCCAGUUGCAAAAUAGUCACAUUUGUAGUCAAUGGUUUGAUAGUCUUGUGGUCUGCUUCUGCUCAUGUGAAGUGGCAUAGCUUCCAAAAAACAUAGCUUUCACACUGUUGUGUAGAAUUUUGCAGAAUAUUCUCAACAUGUGAGCGCACACAUACACGCACUGGUAUGUCAUUUAAUUUGUUUGAUAGAACGAGGGUUGAACACAAAAGACCAACUGUUGGACUUGAAUCAUCUUUAACUGUUGUAAUAACUAUUCAAAUUGUCUGUUUACAGUUAACACAACUCCCAACACUUAUUCUCUGGAGUAUUGAGUGUUUCUUUUUGUCUUCCCUGUAAUUUCCAAAAAGAAAAAAAAGUGAGAUUCCUUGUGUGCAUGUUCUAGAUAUUGUUUGGAUUUAAUUCAUGUAUUAAAAGGGAGUUGGUUUGAAUGUGAUUUGCUCCUUUUGGCAAAAUAAUGUCAAUGUUUUUUUCUUUUUAUAUACGCACUGUAAAUGUUUGUAUUUUUAACAGCGAUUGUAAAGACAUGAUCUUGUAUGUUAGUGAAUAAAUGUAAAUAACUAUGGUCCAGACUGUAUGUUUAUUCCUCUGGAGGUUUUCUCACUGCUAAUCUAUUUGUUUACAGUCCUCACAGUUGCCAUGUUAAUUUAUUACAAUGAAGAUUGUUUAUAACAUGAGUGCUAAGAAAUAACAUCACUAAACAUCUUUUAACUAGAAUAGCAACUAAGAAAGCACAUUUGAGCCUUGUGUUUUUAUUGUUUUUUUUUUAUUGUGCUUACAAAACCAUCUCUUGUUUCCCCCCCAAAGAACACUGCUCUUCCACAUUAACAUGUGUUACUAGCCUCAGGUCCGCUUCUUGUCUUCAUUCAGCACAUUCACUUUUACCUGACUUCUCCAUGACUCAUCCAUCAUUUCCACUGAGUCUCCUCUGCUGGUCCAAACCGACUCUGGUCUUGCUCCAAACUUCUGCACACCUUUCUGAUCUUGUCCAUCAUAGAUGCUCCUGUUCUACCCAGCGUUCACUCUCCUCUUCACCUCCUUCGUCCAUAACUCCAGAUGACGGUCAUCUACCCUUAUACAUUAUCAAAUAUCAGCUACUGGUUUCUGUUACGUACAUACUGUUAAUAUCUUAUAUGUAGUAGAAAAACUUAUAGAAAGUGUAAAGCAAUAUAAAUCUUUCCUGCAUUUUAUUUUUGCUUCUGUUUUUUUAAUGCCUUGUAUUUUAAUGUACUGGCACAAGUC